GGCAAUAGAAAAUAAGGACAUAUUACGACAUUACAUGGACAUUACAUAAAAUAUAUUUUGUGUGUGCUAACGUGUAGACAUGGAAUGAUCGAGAAACAAAAAGAAGCAGAUAAGAAGUUCAUUUGGGUGUGUUUGUGGCUUAGCGCCUUAACAAUCCUGUGUAAUUGACUUAGCCCAGCCGGCAGAUGUAACGGAAUCCCACUUUGCUCUCCGCUGACCACGAAUAUCACUUCUAUCUUGACUUGUCUUCUCUGAGUCACUCACACAGUUGCUUUUCAAGGGGUCAAGCGAAAAGCCUGCUUACAGAGAGAAGGACCCAGCCUCCCAGCUUCUGGAUAUCGUAUAUUGUCGGGACGUACAAAAAUAACCCACAUCACAGUCCGUGUUGAUAUACAUUUGCCCUUUAAAAGACACAUCAGGGGGCUAUUUCUUUGUCCUGAAAACAUAACAUGGGGAACGCCAAGAGCAGCGCCGUCUCCAAGGAGAUCCUGGAAGACCUGAAGCUCAGCACCAAGUUCACUGAGACGGAGAUCACCCAGUGGUACGAGAGCUUCCAGAAGUCAUGUCCCUCUGGACGUAUCACGCCCAAGGAGUUCGAGGUCAUCUACAGCCGCUUCUUCCCCGAGAGCAACGCCCAGACGUACGCGCAGCACGUCUUCCGUUCUUUCGACACCAACGAUGACGGCACUCUGGACUUCAAGGAGUACAUAAUUGCGCUGCACCUGACGUCCACGGGCAAGACCACCAGGAAGCUGGAGUGGGCCUUCUCGCUGUUCGACGUGGACAAGAACGGAUACAUCACCAAGUCGGAAGUGACCGAGAUCUGCAGCGCUAUUUUCAAGCUAAUUCCCAAGGAUAAACAGGCUGAGCUGCCCAACGACGAGAACACACCGGAGAAGAGGGCCAACAAACUCUGGACAUUCUUUGAGAAAGAAGACAAUGAGCGAAUUGCAGAAGGAGAGUUCAUCAAGGGUGUGAUGGACAAUGAGGAUGCGCUUCGCCUCAUUCAAUAUGAACCUGCCAACAAGUAACCCUCUGCUAAUAAAGUCCAAUGGUCAUAGGACAUGACCGUAAGUGUUGACCAUAGGAGUUGACAAGACAGCACAAAUAGAUCUGGGAUCAGGUUCCUACAUUCCACAUUCCCCGCCCCUAUCCUCAACUUACCCAUCUUAAUGCAGAAAGUAUUUCGUUUUAAUCCCAGUCUAACUUAAAUGUUUAUCGGACUUCGGUUCAAAUAGAAUGUUUUGCUCCAACUACUUUAGCUGUGCUUGAUUGUAAAAACAUACGAUAAACCCUCAACCCUGGUGUUGCAAGCGCCAUGCUCUACCAACUGACCUACACGGGACAUUACUUUUUACUGUAUACUGGUAUUGUUUAUACUGUAUACUGGUAUUGUUUUUACUAUAUACUGUAUACUGGUAUUGUUUUUACUACAGUUGAAGUUGGAAGUGUACAUGCACCUUAGCCAAAUACAUUUAAACUCAGUUU